GCGGGCGGGGCGCAGGCCGCUGGACCGAGCCCGGGGGAGCGAGACAGCGGAGGCGCCGAGGAUCCGAUUCACUCGCUGGGGAGACCUAUGGGCCGAAGCCGUGUAAAUGCGUUUUAAGGCGAGUGCGGAAAGUGGCCUGGGGAGCCUCGGGGAGCGGACGCCCUCAGCCCUGGUGCUGACCUGGCCUCCUGCCCCUUCUGCCUCCUGUCAGCAGGGGCCUCGGCUCCGCAACUGCCACUCCUCCUCGGGGUGUUGCACAAGUUUCGAGGUCACCGGCGACCCCCCCUAGCAGCGCGCCUGGCUCUGGCCCCCGCGAAGGAGGACGGAGCUUGGCGGCGGCUGCAGCAGCGGUUCCAUCCAGCCCGUCAGCUCCUCCUGCAAGGCAUGGCUGGCUACCUGAGUGAAUCGGACUUUGUGAUGGUGGAGGAGGGCUUCAGAACCCGAGACCUGCUGAAGGAACUCACUCUGGGGGCCUCACAGGCCACCACGGACGAGGUAGCUGCCUUCUUCGUGGCUGACCUGGGUGCCAUCGUGAGGAAGCACUUUUGCUUUCUGAAGUGCCUGCCACGAGUCCGGCCCUUUUACGCUGUCAAGUGCAACAGCAGCCCAGGUGUGCUGAAGGUUCUGGCCCAGCUGGGGCUGGGCUUUAGCUGUGCCAACAAGGCAGAGAUGGAGUUGGUCCAGCAAAUUGGAGUCCCUGCCAGUAAGAUCAUCUGCGCCAACCCCUGUAAGCAAAUUGCACAGAUCAAAUAUGCUGCCAAGCACGGGAUCCGGCUGCUGAGCUUUGACAAUGAGAUGGAGCUGGCAAAGGUGGUAAAGAGCCACCCCAGUGCCAAGAUGGUUCUGUGCAUUGCUACCGAUGACUCCCACUCCCUGAGCCGCCUAAGUCUAAAGUUUGGAGUGUCACUGAAAUCCUGCAGACACCUGCUUGAAAAUGCGAAGAAGAGCCAUGUGGAGGUGGUGGGUGUGAGUUUUCACAUUGGCAGUGGCUGUCCGGACCCUCAGGUCUAUGCUCAGUCCAUCGCAGAUGCCCGGCUCGUGUUUGAAAUGGGCACUGAGCUGGGUCACAAGAUGCACGUUCUGGACCUUGGUGGCGGCUUCCCUGGCACAAAAGGGGCCAAAGUGAGAUUUGAAGAGAUUGCUUCCGUGAUCAACUCAGCCUUGGACCUGUACUUCCCAGAGGGCUGUGGCGUGGACGUCUUUGCUGAGCUGGGGCGCUACUACGUGACCUCGGCCUUCACUGUGGCAAUCAGCAUCAUUGCCAAGAAGGAGGUUCUGCUGGACCAGCCUGGCAGGGAGGAGGAAAAUGGUGCCACCCCCAAGACCAUCGUGUACCACCUUGAUGAGGGCGUGUACGGGAUCUUCAACUCAGUCCUGUUUGACAGCAUCUGCCCUACCCCCAUCCUGCAGAAGAAACCAUCCACGGAGCAGCCCGUGUACAGCAGCAGCCUGUGGGGCCCGGCGGUCGAUGGCUGUGACUGCGUGGCUGAGGGCCUGUGGCUGCCGCAACUACACGUAGGGGACUGGCUGGUCUUUGACAACAUGGGCGCCUACACUGUGGGCAUGGGUUCCCCCUUUGGGGGGACCCAGGCCCGCCACAUCACCUAUGCCAUGUCCCGGGUGGCCUGGGAAGCGCUGCGAAGGCAGCUGAUGGCUGCAGAACAGGAGGAUGACGUGGAGGGUGUGUGCAAGCCUCUGUCCUGCGGCUGGGAGAUCACAGACACCCUGUGUGUGGGCCCUGUCUUCACCCCGGCGAGCAUCAUGUGAGCAGGCCUCGUUCCCCCUGGAGAACCCCAGCGGGGCCUCAGAGAUGCGUCUGGGAGAGGUGGGGAAGAUGGCAGGCAAGGGUACCCUUGGCCAGGACUCUGGUGCCCACCCUGCCAUCCCCGCGCUCCACCUGUAAUGUUUCUGCCCUGUAAAUAGGACCAGUCUUACACUCGCUGUAGUUCAAGUAUGCAACAUAAAUCCUGUCCCUUCCAGCUGUGUCUGCCUCCUCUGCAGUGCAAGGGGCCUGGUCAGCCAGGUGUGGGGGCGUUCUUGGGGUCUCCUUUGGUCUCCUUUCCACCUUUGUAAAUAUAAUGCAAAUAAAUAAAUAUUUAGGUUUUUAAAAACUGCA